CCUUGACGCCUCACCCUCAACACGACACACGACACCACGGCAUCGCAACCAUGGGCGCAUUGCUGUCGAUCCCGAUGUUGGCCCUGCCGAGCGUCGGCACGCUCUGGGGUGUUGCCGCCUCAUGCUGCGGAGCAGCCACCUGUAGCGCCGUCUUUGGCUCCUGCGGUGGAAAGUGUGGAAAUAGCAUUGCUACUCGAAUCGCAUACGCCCUCAUACUCCUCUUCAACUCGAUUGUCUCGUGGAUCAUGCUCACCGACUGGGCCAUGAAGAAGCUCUCGCACCUCACCCUGGACUACGUCGACAUCAAGUGCCACGGCGAGCAAUGCUAUGGAUACGUUGCGGUCCAGCGCAUCAACUUUGCGCUCGGUUUCUUCCACGUCAUAAUGGCCGUGAUGCUCAUCGGCGUGCGGAGCUCCAAGGACGGCCGCGCGCCCAUCCAGAACGGCUUCUGGGGUCCCAAGAUCAUCGCCUGGCUGGCCAUGGUGGUCUUGACCUUCUUCAUUCCGAACUCCUUCUUCAUCGUCUGGGGCAACUACUUCGCCAUGAUUGGCGCCUGCCUCUUCCUCCUCAUCGGCUUGAUCCUGCUCGUCGACCUGGCGCACAACUGGGCAGAGUACUGCCAGGAGAAGAUCGAGGUCACCGAGUCUAGAGUGUGGACUGGAAUGCUCGUAGGAUCGGCGCUGUUCAUGUAUAUGUCUUCAUUCGCUAUGACUGUGGUCAUGUAUAUCUUCUUUGCCAGGAGCGGAUGCGGCAUGAACCAGGCCGCCAUUACCAUCAACCUGAUCUUGCUACUUCUGUCAUCCAUCGUAUCGAUCCACCCAGCUGUUCAGAACGUCAAUCCGCGUGCCGGCCUUGCUCAGUCCGCGAUUGUCGCCAUCUACUGCACAUAUCUCACCAUGUCUGCAGUCGGCAUGGAGCCCGACGACCACCAAUGCAACCCGCUCAUCCGCGCUCGGGGCACCCGUAAAGCAACCAUUAUCAUCGGCGCCAUUGUGACCUUCGUCACCGUUGCCUACACCACGACACGUGCGGCUACUUACGGCCUGGCUCUUGGCGCCCAAGGCAACUCCUACGGAAACGGAUACACCCAAGUAGGAACCGAAGAUUACGAACACGGUCUCGUGACCCAGCAGCCCGAAUCCCGCCGUGAGAUGCGCGCUGCCGCUCUCCGUGCCGCUGUCGAGUCUGGAUCCCUCCCCGCAUCCGCGCUCGACGAGUCAGACAGUGACGAUGAGGAUGAGGGACCAUCAAAGGCCCCACGGGACGAUGAACGCAAUGCGACACAAUACAACUACACGCUCUUCCACGUCAUUUUCUUCCUCAGCACGACUUGGGUUGCCACACUUCUGACCACUAACUUUGAUGAGAAGGACAUGCAGAACGACUUUGUGCCCGUCGGCAGGACGUACUGGGCCAGUUGGGCGAAGAUUAUCAGUGCUUGGGUUUGCUACGGAAUCUAUACAUGGAGUUUGGUGGCUCCGCUCGUUCUGCCGGAACGGUUCGAUUACUAGCAUCGGGGUGGG